AUGGAUUCCCAAAGCGGCUUUCUGAUUAAAGCUUUCGCUGAUGAUGCCGAGGUUGACCUUCUCCGCGAGGCAAUUCGACGUUACCUAGUUGUUGUUAUCAAAGGGCAGAAAAACGAAUUGCCUAGCAAGAACUGGGAACUUCUUCAAAAGCUCGACCCUGGUGCCCCUGAGUUUACAGAGGAGGAGUGGGCAAAGAUGUAUAAUCCCAAGGGAGAGGGAAUCCUUUCCAAGCUGGGUUAUAGCACAAUACCAAAUGCGGGACGUCUCUAUCUCAUGGGCAAGGGAUAUCAAGGCGAAAACCAUUAUGGCAUCAAAAAUGCCAAUCUGAGCGAGGCGUUUGCGGAUGCUUACUACUCGAAGCCUCUGUUGAAGGAGGAUUUCAAACGCGGUAUCGCUCGCUUCCAGUCUUGGCAUAUGGAUGGGCCGCAGUACAAGAUCCAUACGCCAAUGUACAGCUCUUUCCGGACCAUCAAGCUUCCUCGAGGGGAACAGGUUGUCGAAUGGGCAGAUGGGUCUGGCAUGACUAAGAAGAUCAAGCCAGGGCGCACUGGCUUCUUUAGCACAGCUCAGCUGUAUGAAAUGCUGACCGACAAAGAGAAGAAGAUGGUCGAUCAUAGCUGGUGUGAGCAGAUGUACUAUCCGUACGAGUGGAUCCUGGGAUGCCGAGGAAAUGCGAACGGGCUCAACGUGGCUAGCGAGGGGAGAGAGGUCCCCGAAAAGAUUAUGGAGGCAAUGCCUCGGAAUCCUGAAGACCAGCAUAUUCUUCCUCUGGUAUGGGUAAAUCCUACCACCGGCGCUAAACACUUGCAAGUGCAGCCCAACACUGUACGCCGGCUGUAUAUCCGCCACGGCGAAUCGGAAAAGCCUAAAAUCAUUGACGACGUCAAGAAAGUGAGGGAUAUUUUGAGCGGACUUCAGUAUCGUGUCAUACGCCCAGAGAACAUUUAUGUUGGUCCUGAUGAUGAGGGUGAUCACUUGUUUUGGUACAAUUGGGGAGUUAUGCACACAAAGAUAGACUUCCCUGUCGAGUUCGGCACGAGAACCGCUCAUCAGGGGUGGCUACCUGCCACCCAAGCCCCGACCGGUCCCGUGCCAAUUCCAUCUAAGUACUGA